UUAUUAUCUUAAUGGAAUUGCUGUGCGUAACAGCAUUCAUGGAACUCCAGUCAGCUCCCCCAACUAAUUAGGAACAGUGAUUAUGAAUGACUAGCACCUUGUUUUCAACCAAUCAGUGACAGAGAAGAAUGAGAUUGGAUGUACAGAACAUUUAUUAAGAACCUUCCCCAGCUGAGGUGAUAUCAUUCCGUAUGUUUUGAGUGGAAUUGUAGUGGUUGAUCUGGUGUCACGGUUUUACCGCGGUAUCUGUCCCCUGCCAUGGCUCUCAAAAGGGUACUGCGAUUGUCUGUCCUACUUGUUGGCUGUCAAGUAAUUGCUUCCAGGAAUGGGUUGGCUGGGAAGCUUGGAUAUGCACAAGGGCUGGUCCAAACCCCCAUAUAUCAGCCCUAUGAAGAGCAGACUGGAUCCGCUCCCCAGCAGAAACCAUGGAUGCCCAACCAAAAGCAAACCCUCAUGACAGCACAGACACAAAAUAGCUCAUUGCCCAACCACCAAGAGCAGCAGCAGCAGCCUCGUGGCUACCAGCAACAGCAGCAGCAGCAGCCUCAUGGCUACCACCAGCAGCAGCCUCAUGGCUACCACCAGCAGCAGCCUCGUAGCUACCAGCACCAGCAGCAGCAGCCUCGUGGCUACCAGCAGCAGCCUCGUGGCUACCAGCAGCAGCCUCCUGGCUACCAGCACCAGCACCAGCCUCGUGGCUACAACCACCACCAGCAGCAGCAGCCUCCCCGUGGCUACCGCCAGCAGCAGCAGCCUCCUCGUGGCUACCGCCAGCAGCAGCAGCCUCCUCGUGGCUACCGCCAGCAGCAGCAGCCUCCUCGUGGCUACCGCCAGCAGCAGCAGCCUCCUCGUGGCUACCGCCAGCAGCAGCAGCCUCCUCGUGGUUACCGCCAGCAGCAGCAGCCUCGUGGCAACCAGGAGCAGCAGCAGCAGCCUCGUGGCUACCAGCAGCAGCCUCCCGACUUCCCGAAGAAGCAGCCUCAAGGCAACUAUCUCUUGGAGCAGCGUCUACACCCGCAGCUAGUUGAAAAGCAUCCUAGCAUUGUGCCCAAGCUUUGUACCGCGAUUGCGAAUAUAGCUAGCUGGCUGCAAGGUCCCAGCUGUGUCCAAAAAAAAAAGCCACUACUCAGUGAUGAGCUAGGGGAACAUCAACUGCGCCUAGAUCUGCUGAAAAUUCUGCACGCGUUCCCAAGUUGGCUGCAUUCCUCGGGUUCCAUUCCCGAGCAGAAUCCAUACAUUCCCCCCGAGCAUGAAGAACCGGAGAAACCUAUGCAGCAGCAGCAUUCAUCUAUGCAGCACCCUAUGCAAAUGCACCCUAUGCAGAUGCAGCAGCCGUCUAUGCAGAUGCAGAUGCAGCCGAUGCAGAUGCCUCAACAGCAAGGACCUGUCUACAUGCCCCAGCAGAAGCCGCCGCCCAUGCAGCAGAUGAAGCUGCCGCCCAUGCAGCAGAUGAUGCCUCAACGGCAGUAUCCACGUAAAGGGUGAUUACUGGAGGGUCCACAGUGAAGCAGAGUUCAACCAUUCAUCUGCCUACAGAAAUGUAUAAUAAAAUACUUAAUUUUAUAUUGCUUCU